AUGGCUGCCAUCUUCAAGAUCGAGCCAAAUCUCUCAUCCUCAAGAUCAGCUCCAUCGCAACAACACCCGACAGCAACACCUGCAAAGGGAGCAUCAUUGGUGGCUACCUUCGACCGUAGAAGAGGAAGGGAAGACGUCAGUGGUCGUCGAUGCAGAAGAGGAAGGGAAGAUAAAUGGCCUUCGUUUCCAGUGGGUUCGGUGGUGAGAUGCAAGGCUAGUGGGCGGUCGAAGGAAGUGGCAGUGGGCGGCGAAGGAAUGGAGGUUGAAGGAAGCUGGCGGUCGAAGGGAAGCCACUAUCAUCGCCCCUCAUCUCCGGCAAAGAGAAUGACGGUCGAAGAACACCACCACCAAAUGGUAGCCUCUCCCCUCAGACCUCGAUCGCUCUUCUCACAUCCACAACUCAAAACCCUAAAUAGCGUCUCUCCUCUUUCUCUUCUCAACCUAAGCAGUGUUGAAUCGGUUACACAGCCAUUUUGCUUUUAUAGAUUGCAAGUUGGAGCUAGCUAA